AUGGCUACACCAGACUUUAUUCAUCUGGAACACCGAAGUUAUAACAUGGUUCAAUCCAGUGGUCUUGUUGCUAAGACCGACGAGGGAUAUCAAAGAGCAGUAGUCGAACAAGCUCGCAAUCUCAGGGCAUUUCUAGAGCCCUCGCAGCACCCACAGCCCUUGCAACACCUUCAGGCCUCUAUGUCCUCCCAACUCUCGCAGCCCUUGGAUUCCUCUUGGGCCUCUGAAGGAUUUGUUGCGACACAAAUGGAAGACAACAAGGCCAUCGCACGAGACGUCAUCAACUGGCUCUGUCAUGAUGAUGUUAUUUUCCAACACAUCAAAAAUCUAGGUGAUCCUACCAAGCUCCAGAGCGUGAAGGGUGUUUCUGCAGAGCUAGGUUGGACAGAUAAAAUAGAUUGUCCUGACUUGAAAGCACCUCACUUUAAUCGCCAACAAGGUGGCGGGUCCAGCACAGAAGAUCGUAUGACCAAGUUUAUGAAUUGUUCAGUCGAAGAGGCGCUUUUGCUAGCAGGCGAUUCAAAGAUUAAGCGGAUUUGGAGUUCGGAAUAUUGUCAGAAACCUCUUCCUGGGUCUGCUGAAGAACGCAAACCGGAUAUCAUACUACUGCCCAGCGACCCUCUUGUUCAGGACUGGUGUUGUGUCUUCACGCUAGCUGAGAUGAAGCAGCACGUGUUGACGUGGAUAAACCGGAGUGGUUUGAUGAGAUGGCAAAGCGAGCUAACACGAUCUGGGGUUUGUCAGGAUGCUUGCAACUUUGUCAUCAUCUUGAUGUUCGUGGGCGAAGCGUUUACGUUUGCAUUUUUUGAUCACGGAGGCGCUGUUUGCCUUGAUAUGCUAAACAUCAUGGACAAUACGGAGGAAUUCCUUCGGCUUGUUUUAUACUUAUUGCUGGCUGAUCCUGGUAUGGUGGGUCUGGAGACAUCCAUCAUGCAGAACGAAGCUGGGUGA